AUGGCCAAGAGUAAAGAUGUCCGAGUAACGAUUAUUUUGGAAUGUACCAGUUGUGUUCGAAACGGCGUUAAUAAGGAAUCAACGGGUAUUUCCAGGUAUAUUACUCAAAAAAAUCGACACAAUACGCCCAGUCGAUUGGAAUUGAAGAAAUUCUGUCCCUAUUGUUACAAACAUACAAUUCACGGGGAGAUAAAGAAAUAA